AACAGCGCCCCCCUGUGGAGGCUUGACUCCAAGCUCGGGUUAAUGGCUCUGUGACGGCGCGGCGCCCUCCCCGCUGUGUCUCCGCCUGACAGGUGCCGUGGGAUGGGCAGUAGCCUGUCGGAGCGUUCGCUACACGGAAGUGCGAUCCCAGCGCGGCUCCCUGCGGCCGAGCGACAAGGAGCGGGUGAAGAGCAGCCUCCAUGCAGCUGCCACCUCAGGACCAACAUGGCGCCCAGAGAUCCUCUGCUCGCCUCCCUCAAAGUGUGUGUCCUGAAUAUGCAGACAGACGGGGGCGUAGUGACGGACUCCAGCCCCCACCUGCCCUCCUGCUGUGAGCUGCUGGAGCUGGUCCUCAGGAAGGGGCUGCAGCAGCCGGUCCUCAGCCUGGCGCAGAGGGAUUACUGGCAGUGCUUUGAGCAGCUUCCUCAUCACGACACCUGCAGCAGGCUCUCCGCUCUGUCCUUGGCUGUGGAGCAGACCAGAGUUUGCAGGAAGCUGAUCUCAGCCCAAGGCCGGGGCCGCUACCUGCUCAGGCUGGCCCUCAGCCGCAAGACUCUGUCGCAGUUCCUGACCCACCUGCUGCACACGCCCAGAGUCCUGGAGUGCUACAGUCCCACGCUGUCGAUCCUCAGGGGCGAGGAGUUCGUCGAGCCUUUCAUGUCGCUGCUGCUCGUCCUCUCUCACAUGGAGUUCAAGCUGGACAUGGAGAACUGCAGUUUUUUAGACGAGAGCUGGAUGCUACCGGUGUGUGACACCUACGAAGUUGUGCCCUGUCGGGAAGUCGGGCUGGUUCUCAGGUACCUAAGUGGGCGCGUCUUUGUCCUCGACUUGGUGCCUGGCAGCCAGGCUCACGUCGACGCGUUCGUCUCCCCUGGCGACAUCAUCGACGAGAUCAACGGGACUUCGCUGAGAAAUUCCAAAAAUGGACACGCAGGAGUUGUUCUGUCCCGUCUCAGGGGACGCCCCCUGUCCAUCCGUAUUCUCAGAUGUAGGGCCCAGGACGGAACAGUGUAUCGGCCCCUCGUCAAACUCCUGAGGGCCCUGAAGACGGAGAACCCCAAAGCGCAGCUCGGCCUCGCUCCCCUCCAAACGCGAGCCGACAGCCGAAAGCCUGCCGGAGCCUCGCAGUGUCUCAAAGAGGGAAGAAUCGUCUACAUCGUGAAGUUCUUGGGAAAAGAAAACAUUGGAUUGUUUGGAGGAAAAGAAGUCCUGCAGCAUGCAAUUCCACAGGUGUUGCACAAAAACCUGCCCAGCAAGGAAGCGCUUUUAGAUUUGAAGGAAACACAUUUGACGUGCACAGACAGAAACGGUACACUGCAACUGUUUGAGCAUCACUAUCCAGAGAUUUCAUGUGUGGGGAGGUUUGCUCAGCCAGGCUACACCAUAUUUGCCUUCUGUGUGGCAGAUUCUCCAGAAGCUCCUCAGUCCACCGGGUUUUGUUGUGUCGUGCUCCGAGCCAGCAGCACGAAGGACUGCGAGGAUAUAGUCUGCCGCAUCGCUACUGGCUUCAAGCAUACGGAAUGGUUUGUAUAGCCACUGACCAGCGACAUGUACAUAAUUUAAAUAAAGCGGUAACACACUUAAUUUUUUGUCUGUAUAUUAUGACAAGACACAGCUUUGUAUUCAUAAAGACCUUUAAUAGAAAGACAUGUGACAACGUCUCAUAAAUAGUAUUAAAUGUAGCUGCCAAGAUUGUGUUUGAUAAAACGCAUAAAAAGCGGCCCAGAAAAAAAAAGAAAAAAAAAAGAAAAAGAAUAUCCCAAGGGUCUGCAGUACUCCACAGUACAGAGGAUCGACUGAGACGGCCAAUAAGCUGACCCUGCAGUGAGGUGCACCCAGGAUGGCAUGCUGGCAUUUUAUGAUCAAUAGUAAAUGGGUAAAGAAUCACUGCACCCAGUUUGGCGUGAAUAAUUGAUUCAUCAAGUUUUAGAGAAGAGCCCAACCAAUAUUAAAUUCUGUCAUUACAUUUAGCCUGACCCAAAAAAAAAAAAAAAUAAAAUAAAGUAAUCAUGUCUACGGUGCACUUGGGUUUGUGGAAUGGUUGGUAUGUUGCAUCACUAAAAAUACAAAAAAUUCAAAGAGAACUUAUAUAAAAAAAAA